AUGGCAAAAAACCAGUGCCCUCCUCUUCUUAACCCUCUCUUUCUCUCUCUAUUUGUGUUGCUAGCCACCCAUUGCCAUGCAGCACUAACCAAGGAAAGGAAGGUGCACGUCGUGUACAUGGGAGACCUGAACAACGAUGUAUCAGCCAAGUCGAUGCACCAUCUCAUGCUACAAGAUGUGCUCGGAAGUUCCGAUGCCGCGAAAGAGUCCUUCAUCUACAGCUAUGGCCGAAGCUUCAAUGGAUUCGCUGCCAGGCUCACCGAUGAGGAAGUCCAAACGUUUUCUGAGAUGGAGGGAGUGGUUUCUGUUAUUCCAAACACCAUGUUGCAGCUUCACACCACCAGAUCAUGGGAUUUUAUGGGAUUAACUAUGAAUGUGACAACCCCUGCUCCUUACGAAACCGAUGUAGUCGUUGGGCUCCUCGACACCGGAAUAUGGCCGGAGUCUUUGAGUUUCAACGAUGAAGGAAUGGGACCACCUCCCAAAUCAUGGAAAGGAAUAUGCCAAACUGCUGAUAACUUCACCUGCAACAAUAAGAUCAUUGGAGCACGAUUCUACAAAAGCGACGGUUACUAUGACGAGACAGACUUCAAGUCCCCGAGGGACUCUGUGGGACAUGGCACUCACACUGCUUCGACUGCGGCUGGCAGGCCUUACAACGGGGCGAGCUAUUUUGGAUUGGGCAAAGGUCUUGCAAGGGGCGGUGUCCCUUCAGCAAGAGUUGCAGUUUACAAGGUUUGUUGGGCCGGUGGUCGCUGUGGCCUUGCGGACAUACUUGCGGGAUUCGAUGAUGCCAUUGCAGAUGGGUGUCACAUUUUAUCUGUCUCUCUUGGUGCAAGUAGCCCAGUUGAGUAUAUGCAGGAUCCCAUAGCCAUUGGAUCGUUCCACGCCAUGAAGAAUGGCAUCUUAACCUCCAAUUCUGCAGGCAAUUCGGGUCCCUCCCCCUACUCUGUUUCCAACAAUGCUCCUUGGUCUCUGACCGUGGCUGCUAGUACGAUAGAUAGGAAGUUUGUCUCUCAAGUUCAACUUGGCAAUGGACAGAUCUAUGCGGGACAUGCAAUCAACUCUUUCGCCCUUAAUGGCACGUACCCCUUGAUCUAUGGAGGUGAUGCAGCUAACUACUCUGCAGGAGCAACAGAUCUCACCUCCAAGUACUGCAUUCAAGACACUCUCAACUCCUUCAAAACUGAGGGCAAGAUUGUUCUUUGUGACUUCCUAUAUGAUGGUUCGGGGGUGCUUCAAGCCAAAGGCUUGGGGACCAUCAUGAGCGACCGUCGAUAUACGGAUUUCGCCUUCUCAUAUCCGUUGCCUGCCACCCUUCUUCUGCCAGACGAAGGAGAAUCUGUGAAAGCCUACAUUAGAUCAACCAGCACUCCUAUCGGAACAAUUUUGAAAGGGGAAACAUUCCAAGAUUCUGUAGCUCCAACUGUAGUUUCCUUCUCUUCAAGGGGACCGAAUGCAGUCACACUAGAUAUUUUAAAGCCUGACCUUACUGCUCCUGGUGUCGACAUUCUUGCUGCUUGGUCGCCGGUUGCCCCACCUUCUGGCAGCCCUGUUGACAAACGGUCUGUAGAUUUCAAUAUAAUUUCUGGUACCUCCAUGUCUUGCCCACACGUGAGUGGGGCGGCAGCCUAUGUGAAGUCUUACUACCCAUCUUGGUCUCCUGCUGCAAUCAAAUCAGCUUUGAUGACUACUGCCUCAUUCAUGGACAGUAGAAAGAAUGAAGAAGCAGAGUUUGCUUAUGGUUCUGGCCACAUCGACCCCGUAAGAGCAGUCCACCCUGGGCUUGUCUAUGACGCAGGUGUGAACGACUAUAUCGACUUCUUGUGCAAACAGGGAUACAACACUACAACCCUUAGGCUCAUAACUGGGGAUAACACGAGCUCAUGUGCUUCGAGCACCUAUGACAAAGCAUGGGGCUUAAACUACCCAUCCAUUGCUCUAUCCAUUGCCGAUGGUCAACCCAUCAAGGGUGUCUUCCCAAGAACCGUUACAAACGUUGGCUACGCUAACUCGACUUACCAUGCAUUCAUUACCGCACCUUCGGGCAUCAAGAUUACUGUGGAGCCCAAUGUUCUUUCUUUCAAAUCAGUCGGCGAGAAACAAUCCUUCUUGGUUAAGAUUGAUGGCGGUGUGGUUUCGCAGCUACCCAUUCAAUCAGGAGCCAUUACAUGGAAUGAUGGGGUUCAUCAAGUUAGGAGCCCUGUUAUUGUUUACACAGUGCUUCCUUCAAUGAUGAUGCCGAACACUGUGAUGAAGCCCUUCUCUUUUGAUGAAUCCUCAUUCAUCAAUGGCCUUCUUUAG